GUCAAGAUCAAGUUCCAAACAGUUCAGAUCCCCUCAAUCGGAUCCCCUCCUGAGCAUAGGGUGGGAUCUUCUUGACCGGGCCAUUUGGAUCAUUGAAAUUUAAUCCAACAGCUACAAUAAUUAUAACUUUUAGAGGUCUCUAUAUUUGUAGUUGUUAGAUCAAAUUUCAAUGGUCCAGUUACUUAGAAGGGGGAUCCGGUUCCCCCUCUUUUAACUAUCCUGUUCAGUCUUCACUGUAUAUGCUGUCGUUCAGUGUGACCCAGUUGCUCAUUUUCCCGCCGUUUCUCAGCUACCAAACACUGUUUAUCUAAACCUAGAAGGCUCCACCGAUUCAGUAACGUAUCAGAAUUUUGGCUCGGUUUCAAAUCAAAAUGUCGUUAAAAGCAUGUAUUGGAGAUAGGAUAAGUGGAUUGCCAGAUGAAAUUAUUUGCCACAUUCUUUCAUUCCUUAUAACAGAGGAAGCUGUAAAGACUAGCGUUUUAUCACGUAGAUGGAAGAAUGUAUGGGCUUAUAAUCCCAAUAUUGACCUAUGCGAUCUCGGAUGUGGAAGAAGGAUUAAUUCAGAUAAUUUUGAGGGAAUCGUGAAUCUUGUACUUCUCUCACGUGGCUCCUUAGACAUUCAUAGAUUCAGUCUUACUUGUGAGGAUUUUGUGAACUAUUCUUGUUUUGACGUUUGGAUUCGCAGUGCCGUUAGUCACAAUGUUGUUGAACUAGUACUUGAUCUUGUUGAUGGGGGUUUCAGCCAAAAACUGGAUCUUAUUGAUGGGGAGACCGUGUCCUAUUACGUGUGUUUUGAGUUGCCAAAAAGCUUGUACAUGUGCAACACAUUGGUGGUGUUGAAGCUAAGACUCCAACCUUCUUUUACCAUUACUCCUCCGUCAAACUGUUUCCCAAGUCUCAAGUUUCUCAAACUCAUGUUCGAUUGUCUUGAUAUUGACUCAAUGGAGAAGCUCAUUUCUUGUUGCCCUGUACUGGAAGAUUUGAAUAUAGAUUGCAAACUCGUCGAUCUUGAUGAGUUUCCAGUAUUGAGGUUCAAUAUCUCCGCACUGAAACUAAACAAGUUACAAGUAUAUUUGUACCAAGGUACGUCUGAAAUCCCUCGUGCAUACCAAAUAUUUGUUAAUGUCAAUGCUCCAAGUCUCGAAAAGUUUGAUCUCCAAGACGAAUAUAUGGCGAUCUAUUCUUGGAACAAGGCAAAAUCCUUAAGCAGAGCGAAGAUUGAUUUCAAACAGCUGCACCGGUUUCAGGGCAUUGACAAUGACUAUAUCCUUGAAUCUGCUGAUCGUAUGCAAAGGCUUUUUGAAGGGUUGUUGUAUGUUAAAGAUCUUUCGGUUUCAGCUCCACUUUUUGGGGAUCCAGAUAUAAUGCAUCAAUAUCAUCUACCUACGUUUAAUUAUUUGAACCGCUUGGAGCUAUUUCUUCAUACAUGCUGCUCUUGGAAACUACUGACAACUUUUCUCAAGAAAUCACACAAUCUGAAAUAUCUAUUCCUUCAAAGUAACGCAAAGUGUUCAGCUUUUCGCCAUGGUUGUGACUUUGUACACCAUGUAUGGUCUCCGCCAAGGUGGGUACCCGUUUGCUUGAUGUCAUGCCUCAAGAACAUUUGCAUAAAGGGAUUCCGAGGACGAGCGGAUGAAAUGGAAGUGGUAAAGUACAUGUUGAAGCAGGGUGAAGUCUUGAAUAAUGUGAUAAUAUUUGCUUGUGAUUUCUCUGUAAAAGACGAGAUGAAGUUAUGCCAGGAGAUGUCAACGUUCCCAAGGGCUUCAAAGGCUUGUCAAAUUGAAUUUCGAAGAUAAUGUUAUCUAAUUAUUGAUGUGGAUUCCAUUUUCAAGUUGGGAAGGGGUCCCUUCUGUAUCGAUGGAACUGCAGUCGUGUUUUGAACUGAUGUUAUCUGCUCUUAGCUUCUUUAGCUUUGGAGGAAUGAGAUUAUGGAUCGUUAUGUGUUUGCCCUACGUAUUUGCACCAUGGACUUAGACCAGUUGACAUGUUUACCUAUGUAGAAUGAUAAUUGACAAUUGUUCUGAUUCA